AGUGUGAAGUAGUGUGAAGUGUGAAGUGUGAAAUAGUGUGAAGUGUGAAGUGUGAAGUGUUGAAAAGUGUGAAGUGUGAAGUGUGAAGUGUGAAGUGUGAAGUGACAACAUGACACUUAUGGGAGAAACAGACGUGUUAAAGUUAACCCCAUAAGUAAUAGUAGUAAUGACUGUAGUAAUAGUAAUAGUAGUAGUGUGAAGUGUGUGUGUGUGUGUGUGUGUGUGUGUGUGUGUGUGUGUGUGUGUAAGGUUUAAGUAUACAACAACUACCACUGCUACUACAACAAAUACUACUACUACUACUACUACUACUACUACUACUACUACUACGAAACAAGAUUCUCUAAAUGGUGUGUUUGUGGGAUCAGAUUCUCCUGCCGAUCCUAUUCUUAUAAUGACCCAAAGGCGCCUAGGAUACCGUAAGGGCAUCCAUUGAAGCAGAGUGUGGACAAAAUACUGGCCUGUGAUUGGCUGAGGCUGCCCCGCGUGGACCAAUGGGAAGGCAGCAUCAGGGGGGGCUGCUUGGCCUCUCCUGUGUGCUGUACGCCCUUGCCACAGUGACGGGCGUGCAGAUAACCAGCCUGUCAGUUCCGCCUGUUGUAAUGAGCGGCGACAAGGCCAAGCUCACGUGUGCCUUCCGCCUAGCCCAGGGUGACCGACUGUACUCCCUGACGUGGUGGAAGGACGGGACCAUGUUCUUUAAGUAUGUCAUCGGGAAUCCUACCCCUGUCACCAUUUAUGAAGCUCCAGGAAUCUCUGUUGAUGUGUCCGCGUCCAGCCUGCAGGAGGUGGUGCUGUCUCGCGUGGACCACAGAGCCUCGGGAACCCUGCGCUGUGAGGUGCUGACUGACCGGUUAUUCGAGCAGGUCACCAGGGAUGCCAACCUUACUGUUGUAGACCCUCCCUCGCGCGGCCCCGUCAUAACAGGCAGGAAGGAGAAGUACCGUAUCGGAGACCUGCUUCUGCUAAACUGCACGGCUGGUCACUCCUUCCCUGCUACCUCCCUCACCUGGGCCAUCAACGGGGAGAAGGCGUCUCACGAAACAGUGGUGCAUUACCCAGGCCACACAGACGCCCACGGGUGCACGGCGUCCUGGUCAGGCCUUCAGAUGGUUCUAAGGCACGCCCACUUCCGUAAGGGCGUGCUGUCCCUCACGUGCACCGCCUCCAUAGCGCACGUGUACCGCAAGGCAACGCAAGUGGUGGUGGCUGACCCAAGUUACCAGCCUCCGUACCUGCCGCCGCUAGAGGGGGCGUCCACAGGGGGUGGGUCGUCUGUCCACCAGCGAGCAGCCACCACCACCACCACCGCUACCACCACCUCCGCUGCUACGUGUCUACAACUCCUGUGUCUGUCUGUCUGUCUGUCUGUCCUACACCUUGCUUCCGGUGUCUCGCUAAGUGUGUGUUAAGUGACUACUACUACUAUCACCACCACCACCACUACUACCACUACUACUACUACUACUACUACUACUACUACUACUACUACUACUACUACUACUACUACUUCUUCUUCUUUUUCUUCU